AUGGGUUUGAUGAGUUUGAAGAGAGAAAGAAAUAAAAGUCCAAGGGACAAGCUCGGGGGCACCAGGACUUCGGCCCGGGUCUGGCCCUUCUGGAGCCUCCCUACAGAGGCUGACAGGGGCCACCGCGGGCGACAGGGCUACCCCCGGGGUACCCCCAUCCCCCGGCCUCGGGCGCCCCCUUCGGCUUCUCCUGCGGGGCAACCGAAACGCUGCUCUGGAGCCCAUCUAACCAGCCCCCAGACCGUCUCCCUCCCGCCACCACGUGAACCUCCGCAUCCGUCCUGCCACCCCCUCCGACGCCGCCCAGGGGCUGCCGGCCCCAGCCCCGGCCCGAGCGCCGGCCGCCGGCUUACCUGGCGGGGGGGCAGGCAGGACGGCGGGAAGUGGCGGCCGGGCGGCGCUGGACGUGGCCGAGCGCCAGGUGCAGGUGGUGGCGGCGGCGGCUCCGGUUGCUGUCGCUACAGUUGCCGCUCAGUCCAGCUCCUCCUCCGCCACCGCCUCCUGGGCCUCCCGCGUUGCCAGGAGAGGCCGAAGCGAGGCUCCGCUUCCUCUCAGAGUCUCCCAGGUGAGCUCCAGCCUGCGACGUCGGCAGGGGCGAGGCCCCCGAGCCGCGCCUGCGCGCCGGCCGCCUGCCCCGCCCAAGCCCUACCUGAGCGCUCCAGUUCUGGAGGCAGGAAGUCCAAGAUCAAGAUGCCACCAGAUUCAGUUCCAGGCUGGAAUUCAGACAUGAUGAGUGGAGUUGGAAAAGUCAUCUUGAACAAUGAGAUACAAGCUAUGUAUUGAGGAUAGCAGAGCAAGAGCUAGAGCCUGAGUCUCUUACAAUCAUGGAAUAACCACAAUGCUCUACAUCAUUUGCCCAGGCUUUUAGAGAAGAAAGAAAUUGCAUUUCUCUUUUGUUUGAGCUAUUGUUUUUAUUUAUUUUCUGUAACUUGUUGUUGAAUCUAAUACAUGCCAGAUCAGUCGGGUUGUUUUGAGGAUUAAAUGGGAUAGCAUAUGUCAAGUAUUUUGUACAGUACCUGGCAAAGGGGAAUGCAAGUAUUCAAUAUAUAUGACUGCUAUUAUUAUUAGGAUAAAUUGGCUUGUAAAAGAGUCACUCUAAGGGUCAAAUAAAAAAUACAAGUGAACAUGCUUUUUAAUCUGCAAAUCUAAUAAUUGCUGUAUAAAUGCUGGUCAUAAUUAUCAUUAUCAUUAUUAAAUUGUUACAAGAAAUUUGUUAACUGCCAGCAGACUCUACUUGGAGCAAUCUGUUUAGGCCAAUUAAAAAAUAGAUACAGACUUCUUUACUUUUGUUAGGUUUAUUUAGCUUUAGGCAACUGUGAAUGUUUAUAAGCUUGUCAUUAUAUUGAUGCUUUAAAACUUAGAUGAAAUACUCAUUUGGGUAGUAUAAAGAAAAUGCUUAGAAGCUGAUGAGACUGUGCCAUCUUUUAUUCGUUUACUUUUACCUUAAAAAAAUUCUACAUUACAAAAAUCAAUGUAGUGUUUGUAGUUAAAAUAAAUUGCAAUUAUAAAGACUUGAGUAAAGUAAAUGAGAAGAGUCCAUCCCUUCCUUCUCUUCUCUAUCUCAUUCUUUAGAAUUAACUGUAUUAACAAUUUAAUCAACACUUCUUGUAAGUAAAUAUCUAUUUUUUUGUACAAUGAUAUAGAUAUACAUUUUCUCUUUACAAAAAAGAAUGAUUUUGCAGGGAGUUCAAAAUAGCAGAAAAGAAACUCUUUUUGCAACAGCUUUUGGUCUGGUUUAGAUGGGCUUUCCAAUUUAAAAUAUCUCUUGAACAUCCUUCCGUGUCAGUACAUAUCCAUCUAUCUCAUUUUUAAACACCUUCUAGGAAGUUACUCAAGCAUUUUUACUAAUUAAUUGUUGUAAAAUUAUUUGUAAAACAAAGGAGAUUGCCCUUAACAUAAAACAAGAGUAGGUAGCAACUUUUUACCAUUGUGACGAUUAGACAAUUCAGCAAAGUGCUUAGCAAAAAGUCCAGCACAUAGUGAAUGAUUAAUAAAUAUAAAUAUUAGCUAUUAUGAUAUUGAUAAUAAUGAUAAUUAAAGUUGACCACCUCUCUGAGUUCGGUCUCAAUAAAUUGCUAUUAUCAGAGAAGUUUUAAUCCCCUAUAUAUAUGAAACAUUACUCAAUAUAUAUAAUAUUCCUCAUCUUAUGCUUUCAUUUUAAAGACCCUUCUUGGGUUCUGUUGUAUAGUAGAGGUGGGCGUCAUGUUCUGGGAGAACUAUGAGACUUAAGUUGGUCCCCUUCAGGAUCCGCCCAGCCUGUGACUACCCAGCUCAGUGCCAAAACUGAACAAAAAAUACAGCACGUCCAUACAGUCUGCUAGUGAGAAGACAUUUAGCUUCUAGGGCAUUUUGGGAACCUAAAUGAACCAUUAUUGGAAGGAGAGAUGCCUGCUGGGUGGGGCUUACUGGGCCUUUGAGACCAAUGGGGAUCUAAAUGGCCCUGAUGCCUCCUGAAUAGCUUCCAGGCAACUAGUGAUGCAGUCUACCCUGAGGAGAUGAAUCACAGGGUGUAUGGUUGGUAGCGAGUCCCUGGGAGGAGCCAACAGGGAUGUCUGGGAUCCCAGGAAGGGGGCUGGCUGAUGCUAACUGGUGGCUGUGGGGCAGAGGAAGGGCUGUGACAAAAGCUGUCACCUAGAAGGGGCAAAUGGUAAAUCUGCAUUGCUAGAUGGUGGCCUUCAUCUUAUAAAUCUGAUAAUUUCACCAUUCCCCAAAUGUCUUAAGUUUAAUUAUACUAGAGCCUGAAAAAGACUGGGUAAGGGAAAAAAUGAAAUAGUUUUCCUUUUAUAUACAAACAUAUAAUUCUGCCUUCAAAUAGGUUAGGUGUCCAGAUAAAUAAUGUUAAAAAGAAAUCCAAGAGUACUUCAUUUCCUAAACUAGUGUUCAGGAAUUUACCUGUAUCUGAGGUCAGUAGUAAGAGUGGACAAAUCACUGCCUAAUCCUCUUCCAGAACAUUUCUGAUUUCUUGUGAAGCUGGAGACUUGAAUGGUCAGAACUGGAUCAGAAAUAACACUGGACAAAGGACCAUCAAAUACUUUUUCACUCUGUACAAGAGAUCCAAAGCUCUGAAAUCCAUCCCUCACUGCUCUUGAAAAGCUGUGUGCCUUGAAGAAGGGAUGCCUUUCUGUAAUGCAUCCACCAGGAGGGGGAGUCUUCGAUAAUUUCCAAAGGCUCUGCUAGUGGAGGUCUUGCCUCAACUGACUUGAGAGACCUAGGUUUGGAUUUAAGCGGAAGUGUCUUCCAGCACCAUCAUUCAUGUUUACGUAAAGCCAUUCUAUAGACAGACUCAUAGAAUCAUGGAAUUUAGAACCAGCUAAAUACCCUAGAAAUUACCAAUUUCAACUCAUUUUACAGAUGAGAGCACUGAGCCAUAGAGAAGUAAAGAGCUCUGCCCAAGUUUAGAUAGCUAAUAAUAAUUUGUAUUCAAUGACGUUAUAAUAUAAUUUUUCAUGAGUUUGUUCAUAGAUUCAUUUUUACUAAUGCCUCACUAGAAUUUUUUGUACUUAUUGACUGAGGUUUAAGCUAUAAUUUCAAGCAGACAGUUGGAACCAAAGGCAAUUCUACCUGCUGUUUAGAUCAUAAAAAAUGUUUGGUCCUCAGUAUAGACUUUCACAUUCUACUGUUUUACUUCUGUUCUAGGCUUUUAACUGAAAACGUUGUGGUCACUUCCUCUGAGAAGUCUUUCCUUUCCCCUCCAGAAUGGGUUGGGUAUCUCUCCCAUGUGUCUGCCCAUCACCUUGGGCUUUCUCUCUGAUAACAUUUGUGACAUUAUGUUGAGUUGUCAUUUAUAAUUCUAGUCCCCUGUAACCUGUGAGCUCUAUGAAGAUGAAGCCUUACUGGGUAUUUUUUUACUUCAUUAUAUCCUCAGUACUUAAAAUAGUGUCUGGAACUAUAAAGGGGGCUAAGUGAGCGCUUGCAGAAGGAAAGAAGAAAAGAAGCAGAAACUGAAGGAGGCACUCAUGUGGAAACUGGGAUUAAAUAAUGCAAUAAGAAAAAUGUGCUAAGAAAUAAGAGUUCAAGGUAGAAAUAAAUGUAAAGAAUUAGUUACCUAACUUAGAAACUUUUAAGAUAGUAAGUAUGACAGAGCAUAACAUGAGUCAGCAGAGUUUCCUGUCUUUGCCUUUAUGUGUCUAUUUACAUGUAGGCGUGUGCGAGGUAUGUGGCAGACACUCUAAGGCAGCCCCCCAUGAUUCCUGUCCCCUGGGGUGCAUACCUUUGUGAAAUUCCCUCUCUUUGCAUGUGGCCAGGACCCAUGACCAACUUCUAACCGAUAGAAUAUGGGAAAGGUAAUGAGGUGUCACUCUUGUGAUUGUUAUGUUUAUAUAUGACUCUGUCUUGCUAGCAGACUACUGUAGAGACUCUCCUUACUGGCUUGGUGAAGCAAGCCAUGGGAAAGCCCAUGUGGCAGGGAGCUGCAGGUGGCCUCUAGGAACUGGGGGCAGCUGCUACGAACUGAGGGCAAACCCCAGCUGACACCCAACAAGAAGCCAGGGCCACCAGCCCUGUAACUGCAAGGAAAUGAAUUCUGCCAAUAACCUGAAUGAACUCGGAAACAGAUUCUUCCCUAGUUAAGCCUCCAGAUGUGAAUACAGUCCAGCUGACACCUUGCUUGCAGCCUGGUGAGACUCUAAGUAGAGGACCAACUAAGCCACGCCCAGACUCCAGACUCACAGAAACUACGGGAUAAUAAAUGUGUAUUGUUUUAUGCCACUAAGUUUUGGUAAUUCAUUACACAGCAAAGGAAAACUAAUAUAAGGUAGUAGGUUAUAAAGAAGCUAUAAAAAUAACUAGCCCCACACUGAAAGGAAGGAAAGAAGGAAGGAAGGGAGGAAUAUAGCCUCAGUUAAAGUUUCUGGAUUUUUUUAGGCUUAAUUUGGUGAUUUUUUAAAUUAGUAUAGAAAACACUCAAAGAAAUUAUCUUAUAAAAGUUUUAAAAAUUAUUUAUUAUCAUUUUUUCUUAUUGAGCUGCAAUAAGAAUUUUAAAAAAUAGCAAACAUCAAAUAUUUAUCAGACCUGUGAGGGAAUGUAAGAAAUCUGACAAUUCAUCACUACUAGGGUUUACACAAAUUUAUAUGGGUGAAUUCUAUGAACACAUAGGACUGGAAAAGAUCUUAAGAAGACAGGUGAUCCAUGUUCUUCUUCAAGCAAGGCUUUUCCUAAACCCUCCUAAACAUACAAUGACAAUAAUGAUGAUGACAUGAGUAUUAUGAGCUUCCAUUUAUUGAGUUCCUCAUAUAUGCCAGACAGAAUAGGAAGAAACUGAUUUUUAUGGAGCAUCUACAAUUGUCCAUGUACUGUACUGUAAACCUUGUAUAAAUCAUCUUAUAUUGAAUAACAUUAAGCCUUUCAUGAUAAGCCACAAGCAUUAUUUUCCCUCAUUUUACACACAUAUACACACCCGUGCACACAGAGAGAAAGUAUUCACCCAGCAAUUAAGUUGUGAAACUCUGAUUCAAACCCAAAUUUAACAGUGUUCACUAUCUGAAAUUCCCCAAAACAAUCUGAUUUCCAACUUUCAUGCUGUACUUUAAGUCCAAGGAUACUACCUAGGCAACCAUCCUGAUUCACCCCAAAUCAUUUUAUAUUAGAAAAAGUGAAUAUACUAUGGAGUGAAAUAAAUUUAAAUAUUGGGAAAAGAUGU